CCGGGAUAUCGUCAAGGUGCAGGGCAAGUUUGCGCUGGAAGCUUGGGGAAAGGCAUUUGACGUUGCGUGGGAGUCUGGCCGUCUCGGUGAGCUGGUAGUGCUGACGCCGUGAGUGAGAUCAUUCAGCUCGGCCGAGUCAUGCGAGAGCUUCUGCUUGGAAGAGGUAGAAGGUGUUUCCACAUUCAGCCAUGCCGAGUACUGUAGCCGUCCAUCUAUACGACCAAACUCUCCUGCGCGAUAGAAUGCACGCUCCACGUGCCGCCCCACUGCAACGUUACAUCUCACAUAUAGACGGCGGUAAAGUUAAAUGAACGCCAUGGGAUCGGGGAUAAAAGGUGCUGUUGCCUGCCGAUAGUGCUGACAAUGACCUUGAUAUAAACCAGAGCAGAGUCCAUUGAUUUGAUUGCAUCAAUCUCCUCGCGACAAAAUGGCCCGAAAUCUACUGAUCUCGUCCCUCGCCCUCUGCAGCCUUGUGCAUGGCGCCUCGUUCAACAUCCCCGCGCGGCAUGAGUCUGGCCGCCAUCCAGUCGGCAAGAGGUCGACUGCCACCGAUCCCGCUGGUUUAGACAGUGCGUUAUAUUGGUACAGCAGCUUUUCCGUCGGUGAUUCCGGACCGCUUUCCCUCCUGGUGGACACUGGCUCGAGCGACAUUUUGAUCGACCCUGGGUAUUACAAACCAUCGACCAACGUCAAGCCAUACAUCACCAAGAAGUAUGCGAUUGAAUACGAGGGCGUCACCAAAGCGGGUGAAGGCUUCGAGUUGAUCAAUGGCACCGCUUUAUUGGAUAAUGUGACGGUGGGCGGCUUGACGGUCAAGCAUCAGGCUCUUGCGAACAUUACCGCAUACAAAUUCUUCGACCUUGACGGAGCACAGGCACCUCAUCGGGCACUCGCAAGAGAUGGAAUUAUCGGAUUUGGCAGUCAGAACGGCAGCACUUUUACGCCUCAGGCUGAGUCGUGGUUCUACAAUCUGUGCGCGCAAAAGUCUGUCGAUGAAUGUCGAUUUGGUCUGGCCUUUGGGACGAAUCGCACCGGACAGGUCGUGCUGGGAAAGUUUGACAGCGCGCUGACCGAGGGCACUGUUGUUCCGGUGAAGCAAGUCCCGUCCGAUGGAAUUCAGUACCUCACGACGGGGGAUGUGACUCUGGACAACAAGAUUGUCUCCAAGAAUCAGACCUUUGUCAUGGACGUCGGCACCAACAAUAUUCAAGGCCCCAUUGGACCUAGCCAACAUAUAUUCGAUCUACUCGGAUAUGCCACCCAGUUGUCGACCUCCAACCAAACGGGAACAGUAAACAAAGUUGUGAAUGCGUCAUUUCCAUGCGCAAAGCCUCCAGUACUUGGCUUCAGCUUCCCCGCCGAAUCUCAGCUGAAAAAGGGCGAAAAGGCCACCAUCUUUAAUGUUUCGCCGACAGUGUGGGACACUGAGCCGGUGGGCCAUGGCAACUGCACUUCCGUUCUCGUCGGGACCAACUUUCUUACCAACGAAUCGGCGCCGAUCCCCACGAUGUGGCUGCUGGGGGCGGCCUUUUUCGCCGGACAUUACAUUGAUUUUGACAUUGCUAGUUCGACGGUGUCGUAUGCUAAUUUGAAGAACCCUGCCACGGGGAUGUAGGGAGAUGAGAUUUGAACGAGGGGUUGUUGUAGAGUGAUAGACACGUAGAGCUUCCUCAGUGACGGCUUUGACCACGCCUCAAAGCUUCCAACUCGGCUUCGAGGGCACCGCCGCUUUGGUAUGCUCGC